GCGUUCCUGAGCGUCUCCUGCUUUAAAGCUGAAGUGAAGGACACCGACAGGAAGGGCAGACAUCCAGUACAUGCUCUGACACAGCAGCUAGCGGAAGCUGAGCUGGACUGACGGUAGCUAAUGAGUGGAGAGGCUGCUAAGAGAUGCAGGCAGGUUUCGAUAGGCCUGUAAGCCAACAGCAGGCGGCUUUCACUGAGGCUCACUUUUCUUACCGCAUGCGGUGACUGAGGCCUUCAGGCUCAGUGGAUCUGGCAGCAGCAGCAGCAGGCGUCUGGCUUGAUGAAGGAUGAAGAGCCCGGUGCACAGAUGCAGGGAUGUGGAGCACGGCCGUGGGCAGGGCACGGGGGGGGCUGGGACCACCUGCCUGCAGGCCGAGCAGCGCAUCCCCAUCUCCAAAGACGUCAUCACCUCCUCUGCUGCCUCGGCCAUGUGGUUCAUCAGGGACGCCUGCGGCAUCGUGUGCGCCGUCAUCACCUGGAUGCUGGUGCUGUAUGCAGAGUUCGUGGUGCUGUUUGUGAUGCUGCUGCCCUCCAAGAAUCUGAUGUACAGCAUUGUGAACGGGACUCUGUUCAACAUUCUGGCCUUCCUUGCCCUCGCUUCACACCUCAGGGCCAUGUGCACUGACCCUGGUGCAGUGCCAAAAGGGAAUGCUACUAAGGAAUACAUAGAAAGCCUUCAGCUGAAACCAGGGCAGGUGGUCUACAAAUGCCCCAAGUGCUGCAGCAUCAAGCCUGACCGAGCUCACCACUGCAGUGUUUGCAAACGCUGCAUACGUAAGAUGGACCACCAUUGCCCCUGGGUCAAUAAUUGUGUUGGGGAGAACAACCAAAAGUACUUUGUGCUUUUUACAAUGUACAUUGCACUGAUCUCCCUCCACUGUCUGGUCAUGGUGGUCUUCCAUUUCCUCUACUGCUUUGAAGAUGAUUGGACAAAGUGCAGUUCCUUCUCUCCUCCAGCCACAGUCAUCCUCCUUAUACUCCUGUGCUUUGAGGGUCUCCUCUUCCUCAUCUUCACCUCUGUGAUGUUCGGCACCCAAGUCCACUCCAUCUGUACGGACGAGACUGGCAUCGAGCGUCUGAAGGGAGAGACGGGGAAGUGGGGGAAGGUUCCGUGUAGGGAGGCCAUGCAGAUGGCGUUUGGCGGCCCCUUCUCUCUGUCCUGGUGCAGUCCCUUCGCAGGGCUGAGCUGCACACGGAGCCCUGCCGAGCACACCCCCCUCCCCCAGGGGGACAUCAUCGAGGAGGACGUCAUAGAGAUACCGUUUACCUAGCCCCGCCUGGGCUCAGGAAGACAUUUUAUUUUUCAGUCUUGGAGGUUUCUCUACAUGGACUUGGCUUUCUAAUGGGAUGCACCAACUCCAGCUUUACCCUAAAACUCAAUGAUUGCAAGCCAGGCGAAAACGCAGGAAAAGCUCUUUUGUUGCAUUCAUAAUCCCCCGGUAAUGAGCCCAGUGUCGGGGGAUUUCUGUCACAGGUGCAAUCAUUUGUGAAACCUCUGUGUACUUUGCGCCCUCUUCCACAAUUUACCAACUUUCCAAAACAUCUGGUCCCAUCUGCGCUGAAUCCAAGUACACUAUGUCCCCCAUAAGACCCAACAGGGCUUUAUAAAUAGAAAGAAACCACUUGGAUUUUAUUUAUGUUUUUAUUUUUAAAGAUUUUAUGUUAUAUCACAUGUAAAACUUCCAUGUUCUUGUACAGAACAGUUGCCUUUUGUUAAUACUUUUACCAAACUAGCAGUGCAGAAUGUUCUUGCACACACCCUAACCUGCAGUAUUUUCCUGAAAGCAUUGUGUAAUUACAGUAGUAUAACUCUGCCAGGUGUCUGACUCCAAACAUAUUUUCUAUCUAAAAUUAUUAGUUGCAUAAUAUACCAAUUUAUUUUUUAUUUGUGUAGAUAAAUAUAUAUAUAUAUUACAGUAUACUCUGGCUCUACAGGCUGCUUUCUCUCUCUGCUUGCUGAGCACCAGCUGAGCGUUUCAUGUUCAUAAGAGGCAGACCACUUGGCAUUAGCUCGGAAAAUCGAAAGACCAUCAGGAAUAUGCUCAGCUGUGUGAGUGGUUCUAGAUCUUUGGAGCCAUACCAAAUAAUUAUUAGCUACAUUAAAAAAACUAACUUUGGCCAAAAAAACGUACUGCCAUUUGUUCAGCUGUGUAUUGAGUUAUGUUAGCUGUAAGCGCUCAGCCAAACACACCACCCUAACUGUCCAAACUUAGACCCAGCAGCAGGAUGAGGGUGGUGGUCAGUCAGUGGCUAAUGACAGUAUUAGGUUCUUUAAAACUUGUGAUUCACCUUAACCCGGGAAGUCCUUAAGCAUAGACAUAAAUUAACACCAAGAAUAUAAGGCUUAUUUGUCCAGCAUUAUGCAACAUUAGUUGUGGACAAACAGUGAUGCACACACGGCUGACUGCAGGAUCCCCUGGCCAAGAUACAGAAAGUGGUUGCAGAACCGAGUACUGACACCUUCCAGCUCCUCCUCUCCAAAGCCUUUCUGAUCUGAGAGGAUGAAGGACUUUCAAAGGUCCAUUGUGUAGGGUUUAGUGGGAUCUAAUGCUGAGGUGGGUGAUUGCAACCAACUGAAUGAAUUUAACUUUGUGCCUUAAAUGUAUUGACAAGCAAAUAUAACAGUGUUGGGAGAAACACUUUAUAUUAAUGUUUAAUAACUCAUGUGUCCAGUUCUGCUGUCUGUUUCUGGAUAUGCCAUUUUCAGUGAAUGACUUCAUGUGGAUGAGAUCAUUGUGUCGUUGAGUAAACAGCAGAAUAAGGGCUUUUAACUGUUAAACGGGUGCUGGGUGUCAUGGGACCAUUUUUCAAACUGUGUGAUCAUUGUGUGUUUUUUUUAAAUUAUUUUAAAAGGAAUCUAUUAUAUGUAUCUGUACAUUAUACCAUACUGUUUGUAAGCAUUUAAUAUUUUUUUACAGACUCACCCUCAGUUUUACAUGAGAUAAAAAAGUAUUUACAAUAAAAUGGGAAAAUGGAC